UCGGUAAUUAACAUUUGAGUGGCCGUGGCCUUUCCCACCGAAGUGUCCGUCCAUUGACCUGGCCGUUGAUUCUCGUUGUCGAAUCCAUGGAGUUCAACUUCUUGUCAUUGGUGUUGUUGUGAUAUAAAUGAAAGCAUUUUAGAAAUUGAUAAUCCAGAACCUUAAAAGUGUCACAGCUAUAUUGAUACCAGGAAAGUUUUAUGCCUAGGGGUUCGGUUUGAUUAGGACUAGCAGAAAUGGAAAUGUAUAUUCCUUGAGAUUAUAUAUUUAACAGCGAAACCCGUCAUAAAAAAGAUGCUUGAUAUACUAUAUGGAUUUUUUUAUAGUUUUAUUUUCUUAGAGUGAAGCCCAAGUUGAAUCGUUAUUUUAGUGUCUUUUAGUGGGUAGGUGUGAAACCUCCUUAGGCUACGCCCAUCCCUCUCCCCUAUCCAAGGCUUUGGCCUACUUAAUUCUUGGCCGUGCUUAUUCAGGCUACGUCAGGGGAAACUUAUUUCGCAGAAUCCCAUGGUAAUGGGUGACUAAGGUCUCAACCGAAACUUCCGAGUUGCGCUGCGACAUAUGUUCCAGAAUCUUCGAUCGCCGUUCCCGCCUCGAUGCACAUUACAAGACUCAUACAGGAGAGCGGCCGUUUUCUUGCCCCUUCUGCGGCAAGAGCUUUGCCUCAAAGGGCAACUGCAAUACCCACAUGCGUGUGCAUACCCGUGAGAGGCCAUACCAGUGCCCUCAUUGUGAAAAGAGAUUCUCCCAACACGGACAGCUUGUGAUACACAUUAGGAGGCACACAGGAGAAAAGCCUUAUAUCUGUACGCAUUGUAACAAGGGGUUCACUUGCUCAAAGGUGCUGAAAAUUCAUGUCAGAACACACACCGGUGAGAAACCCUUUCAGUGUGAAUAUUGUCACAAGGGAUUUGCGGCGUAUGCCAACUUAGUGGUCCAUAGAAGAAUUCAUACUCGUGAACGUCCAUAUUCGUGUCAUUUGUGUGGUAGAGCUUUUGAACAUUCAGGAAAUCUUAGUAGACACGUGCGUGUGCAUAGAGUAGACAAUGGUGUUCGUUGUAUUCCAUGUGGACAGGUGUUUUCUUGUGACCAGGAUCUGGUGGCUCACACGGCACAUGUUCAUCCAAAUGAACAUGCACGAGAAGAUGAACCUGAAGUUGAGGAGUCAACCCCAACGACUGAAUCCACCAUCAAUAUGCAAGAGUUCAAACAGUUUCAUCCACCACAUGGUAUACAGUCGGUGGCUCCCCCAACAUGCGAACCUCAGAUGACUGUGUUGACACCCAUGGCUCCCCCAGUUUCGACAACCUCUGUGAUAUCACAUUCGGCAGAACCAGAUGAAGUGAGGGACCGUGGGUCCUGUGUAACAUUAAGUGAUUCCGAGGAUUCUGGUCGGGAAUCUGGUGGAAGUGCUGGAUUUUCCUCAUCUCCUGAUCAGCCCUUUGAUAGGCUACCUAAUCAGCUUUCAGGGGCAUCCCUUAAAGUAGAGGAGUCAGACAUAAGUGUUUUGGAUGGAAAAGUACGAUUGAUACCACCAGUAACCCCCUGUGACUCUCCACGAGAGACUUUGAUCCCCUCAGCACCUUCAAGUUGUUCAUUGCCAUCUCAAGCCAUUAGAAUGCCUCCAAAGAAGCAACAGUAUCCAGGAGGACGGUCACCCUUGAAUGCACUGCAGACUUCCAUAUCUUCACAGAAGCAGCUGUCAUCCGAGGUUUUUGCUCAACCUUUAGUCAGCCAUUGCUCAGUUUCUGUUUCACAAGUAACUUCUUUAGCUCCUCCAUUUGUUGCUGUUCCUUUGGAACCUAACUUACUUUCGGAUACCAGUGCCCCAAAUUCCCCACACCUUAAUAUACAUAAGUUAUCCAUCGGUCAGCAACUUUCUUCCAACACUAUAACACCUGUGGGUCUUAGUGCCGCAUCUCAUUCAUAUCCAAAUACUCCACAUGGUGAUCAGCGUCAUGGAGGGUCACCAAAUUAUGUCUCUCAAAUGUACAGAGGCACCACCCCACCCCAGGCCAGAGAAAAUUUAGAAACUAAUCCAUUGGAUCUUUCUCAGUCAGUCAGUGCCCAGACAGAGGGACAGUUUGUUGGAAGUGUUACACAAGGUAAUGCACCCCUCAACCUAUCCCAAAGAUUAGAAGUUCCAACAUCAAGGUUUAAUGAGACAGCCAUUGGGUUAUGUUCUGACAGUGAAGUAGUUUCGACGUCUCAGUCUCUUUUAUCACCUGUGCCAUCUGUGACACCUGUACCUCAUCACCUUCUUGCAACGGCUGCCCCAUCUCCCCCUACAUCCCGGUCUAAUGUCUUGAGGAGAAAAUCUACUGAUGUUGGCCACUCUGAUUGUAAAAAAAACAAAACACGAAAGGUUGCGCCACCACCACUCAUUCCUAUUCACACUCCAGAGGAAAGCACUGCACCUGCACUAUCAUCAUUAGAUGCUUCCAUCACACAACCAGUAGCAUCAGCACUUGAGCCAUUAUCAGGUGCUGUUUCUUUGUCUUGCACGUCUUCAUCUCCCACUUAUGGCCAUGUCAGUCCAACACAAACCUCUAGUUCAAUUACCUCCUCUUCAUGCAAUGUGUCUGAUGUACAAAUUAAUGGCAUACCCUCUCAGAUAAAUUCCUCUUCUGCUUCUAGUACAGUGUCUGUCAUUCAUAGUGCACCUCUAAUGUCACACCAGCCUGCCAUGCAUUCUUCUGCUUUAUCAUUACAUCCUCCUCCUGCUCCUUCCCGGCCUUCAGCUCAACCUCCUUCAGUACUUCCUCCUCCCCCUCCUCCUCCUCCUCCCCCUGUAACUUCUUCCUGGUCAAAAAUGGGAGACUCUACUUCUGACAUCAUUAUAGAUUCUGACAUUCCAAAAGAAAAAAUUAUAGUUUGUCCCAAAAAACCAGAUGGACCACUCACUGGGUUCUGCUCUGGUUUAACCUCUUCCAUAGAAAGCAUGCGAGAAAAUAUCCAGAGGUCGCUAAUGUCACUCCUACCUGGAGGUCACGAGGGUGUAGCUUUCAAGAGGAAGGUGGAGACUGCACUGGUUGCUCUAGUUGGAGAUGCACCUAUGAAGCAGAUGGGAUAUCCUGAAAAGACUGCCGAACAGGUUUUGAUAACAAUUCUGGACAUGGCUGGUAAAAGUCCUUGUGCUGAUGUGCGUGUGGACGAACAGGAACGCCUCAAGAUUAACAUGCGGAAGUUCCUUGAGUAUGGCUUUCCCUCUAAAGCAACAUGGGAGGAACUUGGGUGGAAUGGACGACCAAUCGAGUCCAUUAUGGACAACAUUAUAACUUGGAUAUCCAGGAGGCAGACAGUGGACACAAAGCCAUUUGCUGGAGGACUCUUUGGUGCCGGUACAGGUCCGAGAGCCAUUGGCAAUGCAGAACUAUUUACUGGAGGGCCAACUAGUGGUGGUAGUGGGGGAGGGGGGACAGGAGAGGAACUGAAGGUGAAUGGGUCCCCCCUGAAAGCAUCUUGAUAGUGAAGUGUUUAAUAUGUUGCAUCAGUUAUUGAUAUUUGCAAGUCAUUGAUAGUGCAGGCCCAAAUACAAUUCAGUCAAAAUAGCUGGGAUAGUAUGGCACCAAAAUGGUGCAUAAUACUUCUGGUAAGAGGCUAUGAUUUUUUAAAGUGGUGUUAUUGUGAUGGAGUGAUUCUUGUUGUGUGGAGAACAUUCAGAAUGUGCUGUUUGAGAAACCUUGCAGUGGCAACUUUGCUGUAUGUGAUACCCAGUGGGGGAGAUCCUCAUUAGUCACAGUUGGUAGAGAUAAAUGAUUUGUACAAAUAUUUAUGGUAUUUAUUUGGUUUUAUAAAAAUACAUUGA